CUUCCUGGAAUUAUAGCUGGCGAAAUAAUCAGUUUUGACAAAGAAUACUAAGCUUCCUUAGUAUUUUUUGAUUUUGAUGUUAUUCUUGAAUUGUAAUUAAUAAUUUUUAAAAUAAUUAUUCCAUAAACAUGUUAAUUUCACGAGGAAGGGCUAUUUUAAGACAUGUAUCUGCUUUGACAAAACAAAAUCGUUUGCCAAUGCAAAUUUCUGUAAGAAAUGGUGGACAUGAGGUUUUUUAUCGAUUUGUUCCUCGAUCUCCAAGGUAUGAGAGAAUAAUAUCUGAAUUUAUGGCUGGAUUUAUGUGGUGGUGGAUAUUCUGGCAUUUGUGGCAUGAUUGGGGGCAUAUUGUUGGAGAAUUUGAUUUACCUGAUCCUUCAAGUUGGACUGACGAAGAAUUAGGAAUUCCACCUGAUGAUGCCGAUUAAGUUAUUUGUUAUAAAAUAAAAAGGUGGUGUAGAUAAAGACAUUAUAGAUUCAUUGUAAGGAAAAUAAUAAUUAAUAAUAAUUAAGAGUAAUACUGUUAAUAA